AUGCUAAAAAAAUGCUGCUUCGCGUUGGUGGCGUUGCUGCCCACGACGGCGGUGUCCGCCUCCCAGUUUACGACGACAGACGCCUGUAACUUCACUUUCAGCGAUGGACAGUUGCCGAACUUCCGCUUGCCGGAGGCAGGGCCAAACAGCCCUGGUGACGUCCAGCUCAACCUCGGUAACAACAUCAUCACACGAGGAUGGGUGGAGGAAGACGAAAACGGAACGCUGCACAGCUGCAACGGUGAAUCGAGUGCUUACCAUGUAGGGGACGACACGUGGAACACCACAUACAUUGGGAACGAUGGCGACGAGCUCGAAGUUGACGUGUUCUACGCGACCUACCAAAACCAGCUCUGGGUCCGCCACCUCCAGCCCCACAUGGACCCAAGUCUGUACGAGGCCCUCAACGACACCACGAUCCGGCUGAACAUCACAUGCGCGAAGAUGGACCAUUCCAGCUCGCUGCAGAAUGGCUGCCUCGAGUUCACGGUCAACUUCACAGAGGCCACACCCUACAACUACACCGAACCAUAUGAGUUCGUCGACGACUGUUCUCACGGAUUUUCCAGCGGUGAAAAGGUGCAGUCCGUUGUAGUGCACGCGGCGUCACCCAUAGGGCCCACGAGCUCGGCUUCCCUGGGCGUCGGAAACGCGCUCAUUUUGGCCGGAAAGGCAGACCAGGGUCUGCCCUGGUCAGAGGGGUUUAAUGAGGACGGCAGCCGGAAAGAUGACGAGUUCUGGAGCAAUUGGUGGGCCGUCGUCGAUAGUCGGUACGGUAGUACCGAAGAGAGUGAUGAUCCGUGCACCGAGCAUGACGGAAUAGUCGAUGCUGAUGGUGUCUAUUGCUGCUCUGACGAGGAAAGCACCUGCGACUCGGGAGAUGUUGACAGUGACGACGGGUUCUGCGGUGAUGAUAACCCAGCGCCCUGCGAACUGCUUGACUACACCUACCUUGGAUGUUUCAAGGACAGAAGCAGUAAUCGUAUCAUGGAGCUGGAGGCAAAGCGGUCGGACAUGACCGCAGAGCUCUGCGGAGAACUGUGCGCCGGGUCCAGGCAGUUCGGGACACAGCGGUCCAGACAGUGCUGGUGCGGUCCGGAGGACGCCGACGCCGACUACCUCAUGUUCGGCGAGUCGGCGAAAUGUGAAAUGGAGUGCACAGGGAGCGACGACGGCGAAAUUUGCGGGGGUAGCAGAGCGAUGAGCACUUAUGAAUUCCGUCAACAGGCUAUCACAAAGAACGCACUAGAAGAGAACGAGGAGCGCGGCUGCACGGGUAGCUCUGCCCAGUUCUGGGACCCCAAGAACGGGGAAUGGCGGUCGACGUUCGAGACCAUCGAUGGAGAGUCCCACGACCUAGACAUGUUCUACAUGAGCUUGGUAGACGGGGUGAACGAGCUGUGGGUGACGGAGAUCGAGUCGUGGAUGGCUCCCAGCCUCUACAACCAGCUGCAGUACAACUACGUAAAGCUGAUCUUGACGUGCCCGGAGGACAACGUCGUCGUCGACUCUUGCGUCAUCUUCGAGCCGACGUUCACCAACUGGUCCCCGGACGUCGACGGAGCCGCGGCCGGGUACCGGUUCUCCGACCCGGCGUUGCCUUCGUUCGACAUUCCGGAGGCCGUGCCCAACUCGCCCGGGGACGUCCUCUUGACGACGAGUAACUCCGUGGUCACCAAGACCGGAGCAACGACGGAGACCUACUGCAACGGAGAUUCGGCGGAGUACUCGGGAGAGGACGGCUACUGGUACAACGCGUUUGUCAAGUCUGACGGGGACACCCACGAGCUCAAGCACGUCUUCUACCCGACCCAGAGAGACCUAUACGCAGCCACGAUACAGGCCAACUGGGAGCCUAACCUCCGGGGACUGUUGGAGAACAGGAUCGUCCGCCUGCGGGUGUACUGCACCAACGACGAGAGGGCUGAGUACCUCUACAUCCGAGUUAGCGGAGAGUCGGCGACCUGCGAUGACAUCGAAGACCUUUGCACGGCGGUCUUCCCUCGGGCCGGCCUCGACAAGGUCUCACUCACGACGAAGUUAGGGCAUGCAGCGUGUUCUCCCGUUGGCGCACGACCACAGCGAUACCACUCUAACCAUGCCAAAUAUUGGUCAGCCCUGCCCUUCGGUGUACAGUUCAGAGAAGUGUAUGCUGAACAGGUCGCGAUCAUAGUGAUAGGAUGGGUGUAG